AUGCAGACCCUCUCGGUUCUGCUUCUCGUCGUCGCGGCCAGCAUACCGACGGCGGAAACCUUUGGGUUCUGGCGUCCUCAUCUACUAGAGCUGUCGACACAGCUAGGAGUCAACGACAGCAUUCCCGCGUUACCAAGGGCAAACCGAUGGCCACGGCCGCAGCUGACGCCGGUAUUCAUAGAUUCAAAUACCAUCGCAAAGAGAUCUGAGCAGAGGGCCCCUACCACGGCCGUGACCCUAGGCCUAAACACCUGCGGCUUAUUCACACUCUCUAAAGAGACAGGUCUGGGUGAUACGUCAACGAACAGCUUCAACGGGGAGUGCCAGGAGUUCCGCCGGAAAGAGGGCACCCAAGACAAAACACUCUGGGGAUGUCGCGAGAAAGGUUUGCCAUGGGAUCCCCUCGUCUACCUGUAUACCGCAUCGACCAAUUUGCUUCCUCCAGCUCCUGCUACCACCACGUCUUCUUCUUCUUCUUCAGCAGAUACGCGAACCACGUCCGUGCCAGGCUCCUCCUCGACAGUCUCAGACGACACGCCAACACCCUCCGUGCCAUCAAGCCCGACGCUUUCGACAGCCUCCUCGACAAGCGCACCGACGCCGGAACCUUCCAACGGCGGUGGCGGCGGCGCUGCUCCAUCCAGCGGUAAUCAGACGGGUGCCAUUGUCGGCGGUGUCCUCGGCAGCGUGACCAUCCUCGCCAUCGCCGGCUGCGUCGCCACAUGGCUCGUUGUGAGAAGAAGAAGAGCUUCGUCGGUCCGGGGAGAGUCGACAGGCGGUGGUCACGUCUCACCGUCUCCCAGCCACGAGCUCGCCGGCGACCAGCCGUGUGUGUCUCCGAUAAAUCAGAAAGAGGGAGAGCAGUGGAACUAUCAGCCCAUGUCACCCACGUCGCCCGCGUCCUCAUCUGCUCAGCAUCGGGAUGUUUUUCAGGCGCCGGCGAACGAUUCGAUAGGAAGCGCGAUGAAGCCGGCUGAGUUGGGCUGA